AUGGUGAUCAAGCGGGGAGUUCUCGCUUCCUUACGCCUCCUAGUCGUGCUUAGGUUCCCAGGUAGGCGCGUGUCAACGGCCCGUGUUUAUGUACGACUGGCCGAGAGAGGGAUAGAGAAGAAAGUUACAGAUCGAAUUCAUAGGAAGCUAUCCCGUGUUUUAAUAUUUAUCAACCUACAUUCUUUCAACCAUUUUUUCUCAUUCUCUGCGCGUCUUUCUUUUCUUACUUCUGCUAUUCUUCAUCCUCUGUCGAUUUUGUUACUCUCCUCUUUCAUCUCACAUUUGUACUCUUCUCUUUGCUUUUCCUUUUUCUUCUUCCCUCACAUCUUCCUCGGUCCGUUCUCUUUAAUCUCAUCUCCUUUGUCACUCACCUCCCUUUCGUACUCCUUAAUUAAUGUUCGCCGACGUCUCUUCGACUUCCUCUUCCAUCUUUUUUCUUUUUUUUCUUUCUCCUUCCUGUUCUACAUAAUCAUUUCCGGUUUAUUUUCCAUCUUUAUUUCUUCCUAUCCCCUUCUCCGUCCCUCUCCCUUUUAUUCUAUGUAUUUUAACUAUAACCUCCUUUUCAUCUCUCUCGUUUCCAAUUCCCUACUUCUUCUCAACUUUCUUGCUUAUUCCUAUUACGUCUUUCUCUCCCUAACCUCUCCUAUUUCUCCCUUCAUUUCUCACCUAUUCUACGCCUUUCAAGUUUGUUCUUCUCUCGAUCUCAUUCCUUCUCGUUCAUUUAUUUAUCUUCCUUCUCUUUUCCCCACGAUUUCUUUCUCCUUUUUUUAUUGUCUUCAUCAUUGCCACCAUUAA